AUGUGCCCAAGCAACUCGGUGAAGAUGAGAGCGACAGCUAACAGGCAGUGCUCAAUGCCGGCUCCUCUCCAGCCGCGAUGUUAUCGGCAGCCCGCAGCGUGCAGCCGCACCACAUGCCUAUCCCAUAUUGUUAUUUUAUCACCAGCUCUCAUGUGGGUGGCAAUCGUCAUAGUUCUUGCGACACCUCCUUAUCGGUUUCUGCAUCUUUGUCCCCAGCUCUCACUGCCCUUUUAA